AUGGGCGGCGCCGCGGGCGAGGCGAUGUGGGCCGCUGCUGUGGCGGCGACGGUGGCCUUCUUGGCCGUCGAGGUUUCGGGUGCCGCGGGGGCGUUGCCGAGGUUUGCGGAGGCGCCGGAGUACCGGAACGGGGAAGGGUGUCCGGCUGCGGCGGCGGGGGUGUGCGACCCGGGCUUGGUGCACAUCGCCAUGACGCUGGACGCGCACUACCUGCGGGGCUCCAUGGCGGCGGUGUACUCGCUGCUGAAGCACGCGUCGUGCCCGGAGUCCAUCUUCUUCCACUUCCUGGCCGCGGAGGCGGCCGGGGCAGCAGCGGACGGCGGGGAGGACCCGGAGCCGGAGCUGCUGCGGCGCGCGGUGGCGGCGUCGUUCCCGUCGCUGCGGUUCGAGAUCUACCCGUUCCGCGCCGAGGCCGUGGCCGGGCUCAUCUCGGCGUCCGUGCGCGCCGCGCUCGAGGCGCCGCUCAACUACGCGCGGAACCACCUGGCGGACCUGCUCCCGCGCUGCGUGCCGCGGGCGAUAUACCUCGACUCCGACGUGCUGGCCGCCGACGACGUGCGGCGCCUCUGGGAGACGCGCCUCCCCGCCGCCGCCGUGGUGGCGGCGCCCGAGUACUGCCACGCCAACUUCUCCCGCUACUUCACGCCGGCGUUCUGGUCCGAUCCGGAGCUCGGGCCCCGUGUCUUUGCGGGGCGCCGCCGCCCGCCCUGCUACUUCAACACCGGCGUCAUGGUCAUCGACCUCCGCCGCUGGCGCGCCGGCAAUUACCGCCAGCGCAUCGAGCGCUGGAUGGAAAUCCAGAAGGUGAAGCGCAUCUACGAGCUGGGCUCCCUGCCCCCGUUCUUGCUCGUCUUCGCCGGCGAGGUGGAGGCCGUCGACCACCGCUGGAACCAGCACGGCCUCGGCGGCGACAACGUCCACGGCAGCUGCCGCCCGCUCCACGCCGGGCCCGUCAGCCUCAUGCACUGGUCGGGCAAGGGCAAGCCCUGGGACCGCCUCGACGCCGGCAGGCCGUGCCCGCUUGACCACACCUGGAAGUCCUACGACCUCUACAUCCCCAGCGACUCCGGUGGCGCCGCCUCGCCGGCGUCCGGGCCGGCAUUGUCCGCAUCCGUGCUCUCAUGGUAG